AUGGCCAAAAAAGUCUCUUGGCACCAUCAAGUCCUCCCCGCAAUCGACUCCUCCAAAUCGGAAAUACGGACUCUUCAGAUCGAACCCGGCGCCCAUGACUCCCCCCUGUGCUGCAAAUUCCAUGUGACUACGCUCGACAACCUCGACUGCCCCUACGAAGCCCUCUCUUAUGCCUGGGGAAAUGACAAUCCCGACUCGCACGAGAGCAUCUUCUUUGGAGCCAACCAAGUGGGAGUAACGCCUUCUCUAGCUGAUGCCCUCCGACGACUACGACUAUCCGAUGAGCCAAGACACAUCUGGGCCGAUGCCCUGUGCAUCAACCAGGCGGACAAUGUCGAAAAGUCUCUGCAAGUCUCCAUGAUGGGCCGCAUCUACAACCAGUGCAAACAAGGCGCCAUCUGGCUCGGCCCCCUAGGAGACACCACUCAGACCGACGCCCAAGCCGCCCUCGACACCCUCUCCUGGAUCGCAAGCGACCAAGACCCGCCCCCCUGGAUGGACGACGAGCAAAGAAGAAUUGCUACCGCCGCCGCCUUGAAAACCGCCAUCAAUGUCUCCUGGUGGAGCCGCAUCUGGACCGUCCAGGAAGCCCUCCUGCCCCCAAGGGCUACCCUCUACUGGGGCCCAUGCGAGCUCUCCUGGGACGUCCUGGACAGAGCCUCAGACAGCUUCUUCGACGACACGGCUCCUGCAAUCCACGGCGAGUUCUGGGACAACGGCUGCCUUCUCGACCUCCAGGCCAACCUCCGCGGCCUCGGCGCCUCGCGAGAAGAAGAGCUCUUCCAGCUUCUCUGGCGCUGGCGAUUCCGCAAAGCAACAGACCCCCGCGACAAAGUCUACGGCGUCCUGGGAUUCCGUCAAGACGUCUCCCUGCCUUCGGUGAAAAUGUGCGACUACACCGUCGACGUGCGCACGCUGUACCACACAGCUCCGAUAUCCCGGGCCUUGCAUCACCGCGGCAUAUAUGGUGUUGGAGAGGGCCUAAGAGUCGAGGACAAUAACACUGCUCUCCGCAUCUGCGGUCUCAAGCUCAGCCGUGUUGCUAUCGUGGACGAGUUUCCAGUUGGUGAUGACAUCCCCGGCGAGGGUUCAGUUGCAUCAAUCUUCCGCUCAUACGGCAAUCGAUGGGGUAAACUAUUAUUGCAAUACCAUGAAAAGUUCCCAGACAAGCUCUCCGAUGGAGGAUUGACAGCUUUCCUAGGCCUCAUCACAGGAGCCCUAACGCCAGACGGAUCCGAUGACGAGGAUAACCCCAACGAAUGGGUAAUACAAAUGGUUCGGCCACAGGCAAUCUUCAUCACCGAAGACGGGCAUAUUGGACUUGGCCCGCCAAAUAUCAGACCAGGCCAGGAACUCUGGAUUAUCGGUGGGUGCAGGGUGCCUGUCAUUUUGAACCCACUACCAAAAUCUUCUGACAAGGAGUCCGAUGUGAGCAUGACCUUUCACAGCGAAUGCUUUGUCUAUAGCGUCAUGAAAGGAGAAGCUGUGGAGGGCAGAGAAGACGAAGUGAUUGAAAUCCUGCUU